AUGGGAAGAGAACAACCGGUGAACUCGUCGGCGAUGCAGGAGGAGAGAUACAUGGAACGGGUCGAGAAGAUGAAGGAAGAGGUGAAGGAUUUCAUUUGCAGCGAAAUGCCUCAGAUGGAGAAGCUCGAGCAUAUCGAUGCGGUUCAACGGCUAGGAUUGGGAUACCACUUUGAGGUGGAAAUCAAGAAGGCAUUGCAAACCAUUAUCAAUGGCAAAACCAAUAGGUCCGGGGCUUUUGAUGAUGAUCUCCACGCCACGGCGCUUCGGUUUAGGCUUCUCCGCCAAAACGGCUUUAAUGUGGAGCAAGGCAUAUUUGAAAGAUUCAUGACAGAAGAUGUAAGCAAUUUCAAAGAAUCCCUGAGGGAAGAUGUGCAGGGUUUAUUGAGCCUGUAUGAAGCAUCCUUCUGCGGAUUCAAAGGUGAAGCCAUCAUUGAUGAAGCCAAGAUUUUCUCUUCUACAUGUCUAGAAAAUCUCAAGGGAGACCAUAUUUGGGCAAAAAAGAUAGAUCACGCUUUGGACAUGCCUGUUCACUGGAGGCCCAACAGAUUGGAGGCCAGAUGGUUCAUGGACAUGUAUGAGGAAGAUCAGUGCGAUCGCUCGAACCCCAUCUUGCUCGAUUUGGCUAAGCUCGAUUUCAAUAUAGUGCAGUCAGUUUAUAGAGACGAAGUCAGCAAAUUAGCCAGGUGGUGGGUGAAUUUGGGGUUGAACAAGAUGGAUUUUUGCCGGGACAGACUGAUGGAACAUUACUUAUGGAAUGCUUUAAUGGUCUAUGAACCACAAUUUGGAGCUUUCAGGGAGAUGAGCACAAAGAUCACUUGUAUGAUCACAUUGAUGGACGAUGUUUAUGAUGUUUUUGGCUCAUGGGAAGAACUUCAACUGCUGACGAAAUUUAUUGAAAGAUGGGAUAUCUCCCAAAUCGACAAGCUUCCUUUAACAAUAAGGACCUGUUUCCUUGCCAUGUACAACACUACUAAUGAAGUUGGUUAUUGGACCAUGAAAGAGCAAGGCUUCAACAUCAUUCCCUACUUACACAAAUUGUGGGUAAAUCAAGGCAAGACUUGGUUAGAAGAAGCAAAGUGGUAUCACGAGGGCCACAAACCAACACUCAAGGAGUAUCUCAAUGCUUCAGUGACAUCUAUAGGAGGACAUCUUGUGCUGCUCUGCUCUUACUUCACCACUUCAGACAAAUUAUCGAAAGAGAUCCUAGAAUAUCUAUGCAACAUCCCCAACGUUAUGUAUUGCUCUUCCCUGAUCCUUCGACUCACGAACGAUUUGAGCACUUCAUCAGAUGAGUUGGUCAGGGGAGAUAAUUUCAAGUCACUACACUGUUACAUGAAUGAAACUGGAGCUUCUGAAGAAGCAACUCGACAACAUAUCAAAAGUCUAGUGCAAGACGCCUGGAAACAAAUGAACGAAGAUGCUUUUUGUUACAAUCCAUGCCCCGGGCCUUUUCACGGUGCGUGUCUGAAUCUUGCGCGAGCGUCUCAACUGUUCUAUCAAUAUGGGGAUGGUCAUGGGAUUCCGGAUCGUGAGACCAAAGACAACCUCAAGUUGAUCCUCAUCCAACCCGUCCUGAUAAAGCAGUAG